AUGCCUAAAGUUAAACAAAAUUUGUCAAAUCGGCUCCAAACCUAUGUUAAUUUAUAUGGUCCUAAAAUUUUUUCAAUUGAUAAAAGUGUAUUAUUUUGUAAAAUGUGUGAAGUCAAAGUUAAUUCUGACAAAAAGUUUAACGUAUCACAACAUAUAAAAAGUGACAAACAUAUCAAAGGCCUUGCCCGAUAUGAAAAUCAAAUAAAUCGACAACAACAGCAGUUAUUGACAGCGACAAGUAAUAUUAGUAAAAAAUCGUAA